CACUUACUAAUCAAACUUAUUUGGAUAAUUACAAAAUGACUAACAAAAUUAAGAAUAUAUGUAUGAAUAAUAAACCACCCAUAAAAUACAACAAAACUUGGCUAUAUUUAUAUUUUUCUAAAGAUUAAUAACUAAAUAGUUAAUUAGACGAAAAUAGUAAGUUUUGAAGGUAAAGUAUGAACGAAAUUCGAAUGUUAAAGCCACGUAACAAGUGUGGGCCAUCCAUAAUGAACUAUACAAAAAAUUUAAAAAAUCCAUUGUCACAGUCACCGCAACAAUGGCGGACUUGGCGCACUCGAAGUCCAUAUUCUGAUCCUACGGCCACCAUCUCAACAACACCACCAAAGUUUCUUCCUCUUUUCCUUCGCCUUCAAGUCUCCAUUCUCUUCUUAACUUUCGACUUUCAAUUCCCUCACAUAUUUAUUAUUCUGUCUCCUCUUCUCUCCAUUCUUUACGCGGUAGUGUAAUUAAGUGUGCGCGGAGGACUUGCCUAAUAUUCAUAAUUAUUUCAUGGAUUCGUAUUUCGGAAACACCGUGAUGAAGUUGGCUUUGAAGGAAGACCCUGAAGAGCAUCGUAUUGCAUUGUUUAUAUUGCUUCUCUGUGCUUGUAUUGUAAUUGGGCAUCUUCUUGAAAAAAGUCGUUGGAUAAAUGAAUCAGUCACUGCCAUUUUCAUUGGUCUUUUCACUGGAACUCUCAUCUUAGUAACCACCAAAGGCAGAAACUCACAUAUACUAGUGUUUAGUGAAGAACUUUUCUUCAUUUAUGUUCUUCCACCUAUAAUUUUUAAUGCCGGGUUUCAGGUGAAAAAGAAGCAGUUCUUUCGAAACUUUCUAAUGAUCAUGUUGUUUGGGGCUGUUGGUACUGUGAUCUCAUUUUUCAUCAUUUCACUUGGUUCGCUCCAUUUAUUCAAGAAGUUUGAUAUUGGCUUCCUAGACGUGGGUGAUUAUUUUGCCCUUGGAGCAAUCUUAUCAGCCACAGAUAGUGUUUGUACCUUGCAGGUGCUUAAUCAGGAUGAGACUCCUUUACUGUAUAGUCUAGUCUUCGGUGAAGGUGUGGUUAAUGAUGCUACUUCUGUCGUACUUUUCAAAGCAUUCCAGAGAUUCAACCUCUCUGACGUCACCUCUUCCAACGCCAUCCAGCUUCUUGGAAACUUUUUCUAUCUAUUUUUUACAAGCACCUUGCUGGGAGUGAUUGUUGGGCUGUCCAGUGCAUACAUCAUAAAGAAACUGUACUUUGGCAGGCACUCAACUGAUCGGGAGGUUGCUUUGAUGAUUUUGAUGCCUUACCUUUCGUAUAUGAUUGCUGAAUUGUGCUAUCUAAGUGGUAUUCUUACUAUGUUCUUUUGUGGGAUUGUCAUGUCUCAUUACACUUGGCAUAAUGUGACUGAAAGUUCACGAGUUACAACCAAGCAUACUUUUGCAACAUUGUCAUUUGUUUCCGAGAUUUUCAUCUUCUUAUAUGUUGGUAUGGAUGCCUUGGAUAUUGAGAAGUGGAAAGUUGUUGGCCAAAGGCCUUGGACAUCGGCUGGAGUGAGUCUAAUACUGCUUGGUUUAGUCCUUGUUGCGAGAGCAGCUUUUGUAUUUCCACUCUCUUUUAUAUCGAACUUGACUAGAAAGUCUCAAACUGACAAAGUUGGGUUUAAGCAGCAGGUUACAAUUUGGUGGGCUGGGCUCAUGAGAGGUGCUGUAUCUGUGGCCCUUGCUUAUAAUCAGUUUACAAGGUCAGGGCACACACAACUGCAAGGGAAUGCGAUCAUGAUUACUAGCACAAUCACAAUUGUUCUCAUCACUAAUGUGGUGUUUGGACUAUUAACACAACCUAUUGUGAGGCACAUGCUUUCACUGCAUGAUAAACAAAUAGAUGGCAUAAUGCUGGCAGAUUCUCCACUUAAGUCCCUGAAUGAUCCUCUUAUGCCUAGUGUUUAUGAUUCCGAAUCCGAUAUUGGAGGGACAAACAUUCCCCGACCUACCAGCUUGCGGAUGCUGUUGACAACUCCAACUCAUUCUGUCCAUUACUAUUGGCGGAUGUUCGAUGAUCGGUAUAUGCGACCUGUUUUUGGUGGAAGAGGUUUUGUACCUUUCAUCCCUGGUUCACCAACUGAACGGUAUAUCCAUUGAUGGCCAAAUUGUACAGAAAAGAGAACACAAGAAAUUUUGUAACACAGCCAUUCUUAGAAUAGAAGGAAAGCUUAGAUGUAGGCUGUAUAUAAGAACAACAGUUAGUGUCUUGUGUAUAUUCGUAGGACAAGCUAUAGGAUUGCGUAAGUAAAGCUUCUUUGGAACGAUCUUUUAAGAACACACACAUAUAUAUUUUGGUGCCUAAGAGUACCUUUUUAAACAAAUAUCGUAAAAAAUAGUGUUAUGCUAA